GGGAGCCGCCCAGAGCUCGCGUACCUCGGCCGCGCUGCGCCUCGGGGAGGCGCCUUCUGCGGCUGGCUGACGGACUCCUCGGCGCGGCGGGGCCGGGGCGAGCCGGACGCAGCAUGAUGCGCGCCGUGUGGGAGGCGCUGGCCGCGCUGGUCGCGCUGGCGUGCCUGGUGGGCGCGGUGCGCGGCGGUCCCGGGCUCAGCAUGUUCGCGGGCCAGGCUGCACAGCCGGACCCCUGCUCGGACGAGAACGGCCACCCGCGCCGCUGCAUCCCAGAUUUUGUCAAUGCGGCCUUCGGCAAGGACGUCCGCGUGUCCAGCACCUGCGGCCGGCCUCCGGCGCGCUACUGCGUGGUGAGCGAGCGCGGCGAGGAGCGGCUGCGCUCUUGCCACCUCUGCAACGCCUCGGACCCCAAGAAGGCGCACCCACCGGCCUUCCUCACAGACCUCAACAACCCUCACAACCUGACGUGCUGGCAGUCGGAGAACUUCCUGCAGUUUCCGCACAACGUCACACUCACACUGUCGCUCGGCAAGAAGUUCGAGGUGACCUACGUGAGCCUGCAGUUCUGCUCUCCACGGCCCGAGUCCAUGGCCAUCUACAAGUCCAUGGACUACGGGCGCACGUGGGUGCCCUUCCAGUUUUACUCCACGCAGUGCCGCAAGAUGUACAACCGGCCGCACCGCGCGCCCAUCACCAAGCAGAACGAGCAGGAGGCCGUGUGCACCGACUCGCACACCGACAUGCGCCCGCUUUCGGGCGGCCUCAUCGCCUUCAGCACGCUGGACGGGCGACCCUCGGCGCACGACUUCGACAACUCGCCGGUGCUGCAGGACUGGGUCACAGCCACCGACAUCCGUGUGGCCUUCAGCCGCUUGCACACUUUCGGCGACGAGAAUGAGGAUGACUCGGAACUGGCGCGCGACUCGUACUUCUAUGCCGUGUCCGACUUGCAGGUGGGCGGCCGCUGCAAGUGCAAUGGCCACGCCGCUCGGUGCGUGCGCGACCGCGACGACAGCCUGGUGUGCGACUGCAGGCACAACACGGCGGGCCCAGAGUGCGACCGCUGCAAACCCUUUCACUACGACCGGCCCUGGCAGCGUGCCACGGCUCGCGAGGCCAACGAGUGCGUGGGUGAGUGGGGCGCGGCGGCUAAGCUGGCGGUGGGUGGCGACGCGGUAACGCAGCGGGGGUUCUGGGAAAUCCCAGAAGCAGCCGGCGUCUGA